GGGUGAGGAAACGAACUUCGACAGUCGCCAUAACACACCCCUCAUAGCCAAUUAUUAGCCAUCGCGAUAUCGAUCCAUCAAAUCUCAAAGGCGCGAUGGAAUCCGCCGAAGUCCGAAAUCUUAUCUCAGGAGUGGGGUAGCUGUAUGGAUGAGGCCUUCGGGAUCUCCCAUGUGGCUGGAUCUUCCAAGACAAAAACCACAUCGUCAGCAUCAUCUCUUUACUUCAAUCUUUCUCUUCUCAUCUUCUCUCAUUCCCUUCAUUCUCUCAUUCACUCCCAUCUCAUUUCAACCUUCCCUCGUCGACCUUUCAAAAUUCCAUUCUCAAGAAAAAUUUCAACACCGCUUCAACAUCAGAUCAGCAAUAAUGGCAGUCAAACCCUCCUUCUCCGUCCCAACCAUCGAUAUCUCACCCUACCUUCGCUCUCCCUCGUCUCCGGAAGGACUCAAAGUCAUCUCCUCCGUCCGUGAAGCAUGCACCGGCACGGGAUUCUUCCAACUGGUUGGCCACGGCAUUGAGCCGGAAUUGCAGCAAAGGGUAUUUAAGGGAGCAGAGAAGCUGUUCAAGCUGCCGAUGGAAGAGAAGGUGAAGCUGGAUAUGAGUCAUAGUGUGGGAGCGAGUAACCGCGGGUAUGAGUUGAUCGGGGGGCAAGGGCUGCAGGAGGGGACGCUGCCAGAUUUGAAGGAGGGAUUUUACGUGGGACACGAAAUCCCAGCUUCUGAUCCCAGGGUGAAAAAUAACACUUUCCUGAUGGGACCAAAUAUUUGGCCCCCAUCAGAGCUCAUCCCUGAAAACGACUUCAAGGAACCGGUGUCCAACUAUUACGCCAAGAUUUUUGCGCUGAGCUUGAAGGUUCUGGAUGUUAUUGCUGCAGGGAUGGAUUUUGAGGGGAUAGCAAAGGUGUUCAGGGAGUUUACGGCGAAUGAUGCUGGGGCUAGUGUUAGGUUGCUGCAUUAUCCGCCUGAUAAGGGGAACGACAAGAAUCAGCUUGGAGCAGGUGCACAUACAGACUUUGGUGCUAUUACGCUGCUUUUACAGGAUGAUGUGGGAGGGUUGCAGGUCUGGGAUUAUGUGGGGAAAGAGUGGAGGGAUGUUGAACCUGUCAAGGAGGCGUAUGUGGUGAAUGUGGGGGACAUGCUGCAGAUGUGGACGAUUGGGGUGUAUAAGAGUAGUUUGCAUCGGGUCGUGAAUAGGAGUGGACAGGAUCGGUAUUCGGUGCCGUUCUUCUUUGAUGGGAAUGUGGACUUUAUACUGCGGCCACUGGAUGGGAGCAAGAGGGACGGGGGCGAUAUUACGGUUGAGGGUCAUAUGAAGGAGAGGUUUGCGAGUACGUAUGGGAGGGGGAGGAAGAGAGAAGGUGAGUAAUUUAAGGCGUGAGACGGAAAGGGUAAAAGGUUGGAGUUGUCAGGAAGGAAAGCAAGCUGCUUCUCCCUCUGCUCUUCUUCUUGUUUAUGAAGGGCCUAUUGCCCCGCAAGCCUUCUUUGACUUAACAAAACAUGCUAGAACAACAUUUCCACGCCUUUGAGGCUUUCGACAAGUUUGUCACACGUUCUUGCGGAAGGAGGAAGGAAAGAUCCUAACUAUACCAUUAUAUAUAGCUCAUUAUUUACAUUCUUACGUCACACUA